AUGUCAGAGCCAUCCCCGUGGAGUGAAGGUGUUGUGCAAGCAAACCAACAAUUAAAGAAGAGCAUACUCGGCGCGCUCUCUGAGACUCUAAAUCGAGACCCGGCCGCCGACCUGACCAGACUCCUGGAAGAACAGUCGCGCGCGUAUGUAUUGCUCCGAUCCGACUUGGGCGAAUCGGCGGCACUAAAGCAGUACAGCCAGAGUUGUUCCGACCAGGCAUCCGCCUCGGACGAUGAAACGGGCGAUGACUGGAGUUCGAUGCUGCUUGACAACAGCAGCACCAUUCAAGUGGACCAUGCCCUUGACUCACGCAUACUUGAGCUCGCGUGCACAGAUGAGCCACGGCAAAGGUUGUCCAAGUUGCUCUCGUUUCCCACAGAAGACGGCCUGUCGCAAGACCACUUUUCUGCCGGCCUCAAUGCGGCCUUGCGCCAAGGGGAGAUUCUAUGGAGGCUGUACGAAACCGUUGUGGUUGGCCUACGCGCAGACGUGGUCGUCAAAAUUAGCACUUCGCUGGACUCGGACGGCAUCAGCAAUCUCGAGUACCUCAAUACACAUAUUCCGUCUGUGCCAGCUCCAAUAUUGCUAGGGUCCAUUACCUGCGGGCGACGGUCUUAUGUCUUUAUGACUCGCGGACGCGGCGAAACACUGGAAGCCAUGUGGCCAGGCCUGACCGAGAGCGACAAACGAGACGUGCAGGCCCAGCUGUGCCAGAUCUUCCAGGACCUUCGCCGUGGACCAAGGAACCCUGCGCAAGCGACAGCACAGUCGUCGCCUCCGACGCGCAUGGGCAGCUUUGUAUCUGCGGUCUGCAAAGACACGCGGCGAAUCCAACGUGUCAGCGCCGUUCCCAUCCUGGAUGAAGGUGCAUUCAAUGAUUUUCUUGUGGAACCACCACCACGUCGCUCGAAACCCGCAGGUAUCCGCAUGCUGCGGCCGGUGAUGCGAGACGACCACCCCAUUGUCAUGACACAUGCUGAUCUUCACCCGCGAAACAUCAUGGCCGAGUGGGUGGACAACGGUGAGUCUGGACAGGCGAAACCUGGGAAGACUUGCAAAAUAACGUCCAUACUGGACUGGGAUAUGGCCGGCUGGUACCCAUCAUAUUGGGAGUUUGUCAAGGCAAUGUGCAAUGCCGCACCAAGGGGGCCAUUGGCCGACUGGCCCGAGUAUUUGGCUACGGACGCCAUUGGCACGUGGCCUGUCGAAUACGCGCUGGACAGCUUAAUCGGCCGAUGGUUGGGUUAA